UGUCAGUUCAUGCGAAGGUUUUAAAACAGCUUCGCACAAAUACAGUAACGAAAAAUACAAUACGUCAUUCAUUAUGCAAAUCGAACCGAUUACUGCAAAAACAGCUUAAGAAACAGCUCAGUGUGGAUUAAUUAGAACGCGACCGAUUCGUUAAACGGUUCAGUUAAAACCGGUGAGUCUGUCCUUACCCUUAUAUGGAUCUCAGGUUUUGGGAUGAAGAAUAAGUGGCAUCAUCGCAAAGCUGGAUAAAUCGAUUUGAAAGACGGCGAUCCACGAUUUGUGAAUUUCGUGAGCAGCCAUUUUCGUGGAGUUUUAGAAGAACAUUUCCGGAGAGCCAACAGGUCUCGUCAGAUCCUUCACAGAUGAACAGGGUCGUGGACCUGCCACCUCCUCCUGGGACAGAGGACGAAUUCAUACCUCCUGUCACAGUGAAACCCCCAGAGCAAGAUGAAACACAGCCAGAGCCUGCAGAGUCUCCAAAAGAGCCAAGUAAGUACAUCCACAGCCUGGGCAAGUCUGAAAGAGACAGUGAUGUAACCUCUAGAGAUAGAGACAGGGAUAUAACCUCUAAGGAUCGAGACAAGGAUGUAAUUUCCAGAGAUAGAGACAAGGUUGUAAUCUCCAGAGAUCGAGACAGGGACAUAACAUCUAGUGAUAGAGACAGAGAUGUAGGCUCUUCAUCAUCAUAUAGUUGCAAACGUUCUCCAGACAGAUAUAGGCAUCGCUCCAGAUCGCGUAGCUAUUCUAGGGGAAGAGAUAGACGAUAUCGCAGAUAUUCUAGAUCCAGAUCUAAAAGCCGUUCUCGUAGGCGAUCUAGAUCUAGACACCAACGCAGACGUCGCUGCAGUUUUUCACGAAGCCGUAGUAGAAGUUACAGUAGAAGGAGGCAUGGAAGGUAUAAGCGCAGAUAUUCCAGAUCGGCUUCUUCCUCCAGAUCAAGGUCUCCAUCUAGAACUAGGAGCCAUCGAAGUAAGAGACCAAGGUCUAGAACUAGAACACAUUCAAAAUCCAUAUCUAGAGCAAGGUCAAGCUCAAAGUCUAGGUCUAGUUCUAGAUCCACAUCUCAUAAAGAGGACCUUAAAAGGUCUCCAAGAUCUGAUGUAGAUAUGAAAGAGGUAGAUAUGAAAAUUGAUGAAGAGGAGGAAGAAGUACCAACAAAAGAAGUACUGUUCAAAAAUGAUGGUUCAUUCUUAGAAAUGUUCAAAAAGAUGCAGGAGCAGCAGAAAAAGCAACAGGAAGAAGAAGAACAGAAAAAGAAACCUGUGCUGCCUGCUUUUGGCAAACGUAGGGGUGGUAAAGUGUUGAAAACAGGUUUGGUAGAGAAGAAAAGAACCAUGAAUGAAGAAGAGGCCAGUGCACAGGAUGCAUGGUCAAUUUACAUGAAAGAAGUGAGAAGGUACAAAGAAGCUUGUUGUGAUGAUGACUCAAAAACUAGGCCAUUGGUGAAAUAACAUGAUUUAGGACUUUUUUUUUAUAAGUUAGACUGUUCAAAAAUUAAUUAUGUUAUUUCAGGAUAAAUAAAAGGAAAAAUUAUUAUCUGUAGCUUAAAAAUAAGAGCAAUAUGUACAUACUCAGCAUUUUAUAACAUGCUUCAAUCAUGUUAUCAAACAGAAGAGCUAAUCUAACUGGUAAGGAAUUCAGGAAUCAAGUUUUCAAUGGGAAAAUGAUACUUGCACUGUAAUUCUAAAAAUUUGUACUAGUCAUAUAUCAUGUGUAUUAUUCAUAUACCUAAUGAUUUAUUUGUGUAUGAUUGUUGUUUUAACUAUUUUUACAUUAUCUGAUUUGUGAUUGAUUUUUGAACAGUUUUGGAUGUAUCUAUUGUAUUAGAUACAAAUCAGUUGAAAGUCAUAUAUCUUUGCUUAUUUUAAUAAACUGCAAAGUUCAAAUAGUGGAAGUUUAGGAUUAGGUAUUGAUGGUUUCUGCCUUUUGACUAUCUGAAGGGGAUUUCAUGUUUACCUUAAUUCUAUCUUGUGACAUUUUAUGUUGAUGCUAAAUAGUAAAUACCUGGACAUAUAUUCAGUCUGACCUCAAAAUAAGUUUUAAGGUCAAUGCAAAAUCCACAGUGUAUCGUUAUAUACCAGAAGUAGAAAAAAUUGUAUCUUAUUGGAUUUCUGUAUAUCAUGUAUAUUCGAAAUAUUUCUCAUAGUACAUAAGACAAUUAUAAAUGUUAUUUGAGCAUAAUGUUGUAUUUUGAAGUUCUAGAACCAUUUGCCUAAUACCAAGAAACGGAUGUUUCAAAAUGUAAUUUUUAUAUUGAUUUUUCAUAGAACCUAGUUUUUAGUUUUUUUUUAUAAUUCAAGCUACAGAUAUUGAUAUUGCAAUAUGUUUUUCAUUGAAUGGUUAUAUUAAUAUCACGUUAAUUUUUAUAUAAAUGUUCUCUGAAUGCUAUUCGCAUUGUAUUUAUUAUUGUAGUAACAUAAAAAUUGUUUAGAUUUAAAAAGUUCAUCAUUGACAUUCACUUUUUGAUUACAGUCCUAUACUUCUUCUUAGGUUACUGUUACAUGGUAGUUGAAAUAAAUACAUUCAUCGAA